AUGAUUGGCAACAAGCACCUGACCAAGGUGCUGAUGGAUGAGGGCAGCAGCCUCAAAAUUAAGUAUGUUGAGACCCUCGACGCCAUGGGCAUCUCGCGGUCCAAGCUCCUCGCCUCCAUUUUCCCUUUCCUCGGUAUCAUCCCUAGCAUGAGGGAGUACCCCCUAGGGAACAUAGACCUACCGGUCACGUUCGGUGACCACAGCAACUUCCGCACCAAGACCCUUAUCUUCGAGGUGGUGGAUUUCGAGGGUCCCUACACCUACCUCAAGCUGAAGAUUCCAGAACCGAACGACGUCAUCACGGUGAGCGACUCCUUUGAACAGGCGUACGCCUAUAGCCACCAGCACUUCGAGCUCACCACCGUCAUCACUAACUCCGCCGAGCUCAAGAGGUUUCGCGAAACGGUGGUGGAGGACGCUCCCGACCGCAACAAGCCAACCUUGUCCAGCGCCUUCCGCCAGACCGAGGAUACCAUGGCGGUCAAGGUCGAUCCCAACGACCCGACCAAGACCCUGCGGAUCAGGACCCAGCUCCCGACCAAAUAG